AUGUCCUACUUUCCAGGUCAAGGGUAUCAAGGAGGCGGCGGUAAUGGCUAUGGAUACGGUCCUCCAUCUGGACCUCCUCCUCCCCAGCAACAAUACGGCGGUUACUCCGGGGAUAAUUCCGGAUCGCGAAGAUACCCUCCCCCGAAUUAUCCUCCCCCUCCUCAUCUCGACGCCUACGGCUUUCCUCUCCCACAGGGCCUUCACCAUCACGCCCAACACGCUCGAUCAGGACCUCCUCCUCCCGCUGCACCCCAGCAGUUCGGCCAUGGAGCCCCCGAAGGCUAUACUUUCCAAUACUCCAGAUGUACUGGUCGUCGCAAGGCACUUCUCAUCGGCAUCAACUACUUUAACCAAGAAGGAGAGCUGCGAGGAUGUAUCAACGACGUACACAACGUCUCCGCUUUCUUGGUCGAGCGCUAUGGCUACAAGAGAGAGGACAUGAUCUUGUUGACCGAUGAUCAACAAGAUCCAGUCAUGAUUCCUACCAGAGAGAACAUCAUCCGCGCUAUGGGUUGGCUCGUGCAAAAUGCUCAGCCUGAUGACGCUCUCUUCCUUCACUAUUCCGGUCACGGUGGCCAGGUCGAAGACGAAGAUGGCGAUGAGGAUGACGGAUACGAUGAAUGUAUUUACCCCGUCGAUCACACCCAGGCCGGCCCCAUCAUUGACGACGAGAUCCAUUUCCGUGUCGUCAAGCCCUUGGUUCAAGGUGUUCGUCUCACUGCUAUCUUUGACUCGUGUCAUUCCGCCACUGUCAUGGAUCUUCCAUACGUCUACUCAACCAAGGGUGCUCUCAAGGAACCCAACCUGGCCAAAGAAGCUGCCUCAGGUCUCUUUGACGCCUUCAAAUCAUACUCUAGUGGAGAUAUUGCUGGGGCUGCUAGUUCAGUGUUCGGUUUGGCCAAGUCUGCAUUUACCGGCGACGAAGCAUAUGAGAGAACCAAGGACACUCGAACAUCGCCUGCUGAUGUUGUCAUGUGGUCCGGAAGCAAAGACGAUCAGACAUCGGCCGACGCUACGAUUAACGCUCAAGCCACCGGUGCCAUGUCGUGGGCUUUCAUUUCAGCUAUCAAGGCCAAUCCUAAGCAGAGCUACGUUGAGUUGCUGAACAGUGUCCGCGAUAUUCUCGAGACAAAGUAUACUCAGAAGCCACAGCUCUCGAGUAGUCACCCCAUUGACACCGACCUCUUGUUUGUUAUGUGA